AUCUAGAAUGAUAGUGUAGCUAUAGUAAACCUAGCCUCUUGUUCCAUAGGCUUCUCUGAAUCCACACAUGUCAAGCAGCCAUCAUGUUCUGCCCAGGCUAACCUAGAUGGAAAAGUAAAUAAUAAGCAUUCCUUUUGUGUGGAAAAUACGUAUUUCUUCUCAAUGUCCUGCGACUCUUUUAUCAAAGUUGAUGUAUUCAGGUGUCCGUAUUUCAGGCCUUCAGAGCCUUCUGUGAGGACCAAAGUAGUGGACCACGUAAAUUGACUCCUGCUUGUGGCGCCCGCUUGUGACAGCUUUGCGUCUCCUAUUUCAGGCAGUUUGGGGCAAGUUAUAAUUAGCCUGUCAUCAGCAUCCUAACGCCACCAGUCAUAGAUCGCUCAGAAGCAGUGUUAAUUUACACGGUGGAACCCUAAUAGAAAACGACUCUGAAACGUUUCAGAUGCAGCAGGCACAGGCAAAAACAGUCACCUGGCUGAACUUGACAAGGUUCCACCUGAGCCCCUCAGCGGCGGAUCGGCCCAACCGAUUUGCGCAUGCGCAGUCAGCCCGUCUGUCACCUCUUAGCCCCGCCCCUCCAGUCGGACGCAGAGUUCCCAAAGCGGUAGAGCGUGAAGACGCAGACGCUCGGAUACGGACGCGCAGGCGCAGUCGGGCGCCUUCUCGGAGGUGGGGUGUUUCUUUUCCGGCGGGUCCGGAGUCGGUGGGCUUGAGAAGUGCGGUCGGGCCUUACCGGUGCUGGGGUCUGGGGUCGGGGACCCCGGCCAAGUCCCAGCAAGCACGGAGGUGCAGGGGAUCGCUGAGGGCGCGGGGCCCUCCACCCCCGGGUCGGCCCCGGCCUCGCAGUUCACCCUGCUGGUGAUGCACCCUUGCUGCGGGCGGGACGAGGCCGUGGCUGAGGACGUGCUGAGGCCGGUCCCGGAGCCCGCCCCGGCGGCGAAGCCCGGCGCCUACCCGUGCGAGGCGGCGGGGGAUGCUGAGGACGAGGCCGGGGAGGACGACGCCGACCUGCUGGACACCUCGGACCCCCCGGGGGGCGGCGAGAGCACGGCCAGCCUGGAGGACCUGGAAGAUGAGGAAGCGCCCUCGGGGGGCGAGGGCGGCAGCGGGGGACCCCGCCGGCGGGGCAGCGGCGCGGGCGGCGUGAGCAAGACCUGCACCUACGAGGGCUGCAGCGAGACCACGAGCCAAGUGGCCAAACAGCGCAAGCCGUGGAUGUGCAAGAAACACCGCAACAAGAUGUACAAGGACAAGUACAAGAAGAAGAAGAGCGACCAGGCCCUGCACUGCGGCGGGGCCGCCGCGGCGGGCGGCGCGGGAAACGUCAAACUGGAGGAAAGUGCAGAUAACAUACUCUCCAUUGUCAAACAAAGAACAGGAUCUUUGGGAGAUCGUCCCGCAAGACCUACUCUGUUAGAACAAGUGUUAAAUCAGAAAAGACUGUCAUUGUUAAGAAGUCCUGAAGUAGUGCAGUUUUUACAGAAACAGCAGCAGCUACUAAAUCAGCAAGUUUUAGAGCAAAGACAGCAGCAGUUUCCAGGAGCAUCAGUGUGAUGGAACUUAUCAAGACUCUGGACAUUUUUUUUAUUGUAAUAUAUGAAUAUAUUUCUAUACCAAAGGUAAAUGGCGUGACAUAUGUCAAUAAAAUGUAAACAUUUUCCUGUA